AUCCAUGUACGUAUUAAGGCAAGUUUGAAUGAAUGAACAUAAAUAAUGCUUAUUUUCAAAUUAGAAAUGAAUGAAUGAAUUUAUUGUUUCCAAUUUUUGAAUUAAACGAAUUUUGAAUGAAGACAGAUUUUUUGAACAGGUAUGAAUGUUACCCAAGUUAGGGAAGAUUUUACCCUCAUUGUGUUACUCUUGGUGGCAUCCCUACUCGAGGAAUCGGUCAACAUUCCGAAACACUUGGUCAAGUUGAAAUGGGUGAUCGGGACGUGGAUGUUGAUGUCGAUAAUAUUCACUAAUUGCUACCUCAGUCUGGCAAUUAUUCGGAUUACGUCACCGCUUCCGGUCAAAAUGGCGGAAACGUUUGACGACUUACUAACGCCGGUGUGUGUUUCUUGGAAAAAUUGUCCGAGCUGGUUCUUCAUGGCGUUCGAUGUCAGAAAACGACAUAUCGUGAAUCAAAUUCCCCCCCGAGAAGAGCAACCUUGGAUAGAAUCAGAGUUCGCAAAGGAGGACAACGUGUUAAAUUUAACUAAAAAUUUGCAAAUCUAUCAGGAACAAUAUAUGUUAUCGUCCCUUGCAACACAGGAUGUAAUGUUCUAUUUGUGCUUCUACUCCUAUUCGCCGGAUUGGACACUUUGGCAAGUAUAUGGUUGGCGUUGCAAACAUGGUUUCCUGGAGCAACAUGUGGGAAUAUAAAUUAAAUCCUAAUAAUAAGAAUACCUGGACGCCAAGAAAUUUGGAUAGAGUUAGCCUAUUAUCGCUUAAUAUGAUCAUCCCACAACGAAUAUUCUGGCCUGAAGAUGACACAAAUUUAACAUGGGAUCAGGAUUUCCAAUUGAAUCCACCAUCUCCAGAUGUCUGGGAGGACUGGACGGAAAGUAGGAUGACGGAAUGUUCCCGAAAAUUUGCAUAUGUCGAUACCGAAGAAAACACUGAUAAAUUAUUCAAUCGCUUAACCAAAUUUUAUAAAUUUCUCCACUUUCGAAAAGGCAAAGAUACAAUAACGACAAAUUAUAUGAAAGUAUGGGCCUUCGAAUCCCGGAGGCGGUCAAGGCUGGCUGAUACCUUGAUGAAAACCCUGGAAUCUGGGAUAUUUCAGAGAUUUCAGAAAAUCAUGGCAACCAGGGUGGACAAACGGAGGAUCGAGUUUACGAAAAAUAGGACUCGUGACGUUAAACAAGGUUUCGAAUCGGUCAAUAUGAGCGGAAGUAUUCAAACUGUUUUUAUCUUGUGGAGUGUCUUGAUAAUUUUGGGGUUAGCGAUAUUUCUCAUGUGCGACUUUCGUAAAGAAAUUGCUAUUUCCAUGCGAAGUCUUUCGCAGCAUUUGGUACCUGGAAUUAAGAGGAUGACGUCUUCAUUUGGAGCCAAUAGUACAUAUGUAAAUUCAUUUAAAUAAUUGGUGCCUAAGAUAAGACUAAAUAGGAGAAAAUGUGAUUUUUUAUCACGAUAUACAUAUAUAUAUAUAGUAGUUGUUCGUGCAAAAGUUGUCGCCUUCAAAACCAAGUGGAAACAUAAAUGAUUACCUAUGAAUA